AUGAGGCUUGAUCCAGUGCAUUUCUCCAUGCUGGUCAUCGGGGUCUCCUUCGCCUGCUACGCCCCGAGUCUCAACUCCCUCCAGGACCAGGCGUACCGAUCCACCGUGGUCAUCGAGGGCGAGGUGCGCUCCUCCCCGGAGAACGUCUCCUCCCGGGAGCCCUACAGUGUGAAUGUCAAAGUGCUGGACGUGUGGCCCGUCAACAGCGGCGGCCUCGAGAGGGAGCAGCUCGUGACCGUCGGGGACUUCGGCUCCGAGGCCCCGUGCACCACGGUGGAGAAGGACCACAGAUAUAUCUUUUUCAUGGACCCGACCGCCGAGCCCUUGGUAUUCAAGGCAUCGUACGCCCCUGUGGACGCCAGCGAGCCGGAGCCGAAGAAGGAUGUGGACCGAGUGUUGUGCGAGGACUGCGCCUCUGCUCCUAAGCUGCGGCUGAUGCGAAGCCAAUCUCUGAUGGAAGGGGACAAGCUGUACUUGAAGUGCGAGGCGUCGGGGAAUCCCAGCCCUUCCUUCCGCUGGUACAAAGAUGGACACGAGCUUCAAAAAGGCAGAGACCUCAAAAUAAAGACCAACAAAAAAAACUCAAAGGUGCAGAUCAGUCGUGUCCGUGUGGAAGACUCUGGAAACUACACCUGUGUGGCUGAAAACACUCUAGGACAAGAAAACACCACAAGUUUAAUCACCGUGCAGAUCUUGGCGACCACGACCCCGUCUCCGGGUGUGAGUCACGCGAGACGCUGUAACGACUCGGAGAGGACCUACUGCGUCAACGGAGGAGACUGUUACUUCAUACAUGGUAUAAACCAGCUGUCAUGCAAGUGUCCCAAUGACUAUACGGGGGACCGCUGUCAAAACUCCGUCAUGGCCGAUUUCUACAAGCUUCUCAGAAUUGAAUUUAUGGAGGCGGAGGAGCUCUACCAGAGACGGGUCCUGACGAUCACCGGCAUCUGUGUGGCGUUGCUGGUGGUUGGCAUCGUUUGUGUGGUGGCCUACUGCAAAACCAAGAAGCAGAGGAAGAAGAUGCAAAGUCACCUGCACCAGAACCAGAACCAGUGUGUGGAGCAACCCAACCGGAUGGUGCCCAACGGGCCCAACCACCCGGGGCCCGGUCCGGAGGAGAUCCCCAUGAUUGAUUACAUCUCCAAGAGCAUCCCCACGACAGAGUGUGUGAUCAGCCAUGGAGCUGAGGGUGCGGGCAACUACGCAGGCAGCCGAAUGUCCACCCGCUCCCACCACUCUACCACUGCCUCUCAUGCUUCCAGACACGAGGAGCAGACGUGGAGCAUGGAGCGAACAGAGAGCAUGAACUCAGACUGCCAGUCAGGUGGGCUGUCCAGCUCUGUGGGAACCAGUAAGUGCAGCAGCCCGGCGUGCAUGGCGAGGAGGGCCUCCCACUGGGGCUGCACGGACUCGUCCAGACCGGGAAUGCAGUACGGGGAUUCUUAUGACUCUCUAAGAGACUCACCUCACAGCGACAGGUACGUGUCGGCGCUGACCACGCCAGCACGUCUGUCUCCAGUGGAGUUCCACUACCCCCCGUUGCCGCCCCAGGUGCCCACCUUCCAGAUCACCUCGCCCAACACAAGCCACGCCCUCUCCCUGCCCCCUGCUGCUGCUGCCUACCACAGAGAGAACGACCAGCCGCUGCUACGAAGCCCUGAUGAUGGAAGUUUAUACAGGCAGCCUCGGCGUCCGCGGCGACCCUACCUGACUGAGAGCACAGGAAGUCUCCCGUCCAGCCCCUACCGUCUCCCUGACGACGAGGCCUACGAGACCACGCAGGAGUACGCCUCAUCCAGGGAACCCAUUCGCAGCCGGCGACGCCCGCGACGCAACCGCCUCAACGGACACAUGUCCCAGCGCUCAGCCGGCCAAAGGGACUACAGCUCACAGAGCUACAGCGAGUCAGAAGAGGAAGAGGAGGAGGAGGAGGAGGAAGAGGACGCUCAAGGGGAGAGCACACCUUUCCUUAGUAUGCAGAACAUGAACGUGGACCCUCCCUUAUCGGCCCCGGGUUACCGUCCGUCGACUGGUGCGGACACACGGACUCACCGCGGGCUGAGUCGGCCGGGGCCGCGCAGCAACGGGCAGAGCCGCGGCCCCCAGUCGCAGCGCUUCAAGGCUGACCACAUGCCCCUUUAA